CUAUGAUGUCCGCAGGUCAAUUUAGGUUUAGCGCUUGAUACAAGAUAUUUUUAGGGAAACAGGUGAUUUAUGGAACUACGAUUUGACGGGCUGUUUAAGUUUGAAGAAGCACUUUCCGUCUUGCCAAGGGUCAGGAGCAUUGUGAGAUUGAAUGAAUUGCAUACAAGAUGGACACCACCAUUUUGAAGUUAGCUCAGACAGAGCAAUGGGAAAACCUUAAAGAGAAAUUAGACAGCAUAGAGAACAGUGAGUUUGAUGAGUUGAUAGAUGAACGGCUUUUAAGAGGCAGAGAUGACCCUUUAGCAUUGCUGAGGGCUAUUUUUAACGGCUCACCUGGUGGCGACCGUGCCUCGCUGGAUCGCAGGCUUCACAUUUUUUUCCACUGUAUUGACAUCUUGCAGAAGAAUGACCUAGACACUAAAACUGCCUCCAGGCUGGUUGGGCUGUUGAUGCUGGAGACUGAUAGUUUUACUGCAUUUAGCUUGGCUCAGCUGGCUUCAAAGUUUGUGGAUUCUGUGAAAAAUGGAACUAUGAAAGGUGGCAAAGCUCUAGAGUUAUUCCCCAAGAUCCUGGCAGCUCUCUCUUCCCAGGAACGAGUAAGGUAUGGAAAUGCAACAAUGAAAGGAGAGGAGUACAAAAGUCACAUCAUCAACAGUCUCUGCGGGGGAAAAUGGAGUAGUGAAAGUGUGGUACACUUGGCUGCAAUGUUUAAAGAUGUGCCUUUAACAUCCGAUGAACUCAAAUUUGUCAUCGAAAAAAUAAUGAGAGCUUUCACAGACCUUGAUAUCCAAGAUUUACCUGCCCUUGUCUACCAACUGCUUCUUUUGGCCAACAAGGGUCACAAGAGUCUGGUACUGGAAGGUGUCACAGGUUUCUUUGUUGAUCAGGACAAGGCCAUUCAGUCUCAAGACCAAGCUAAUAGUGAAGAUGACCUGAUGGAGACUAACUUCAGUCCUGAUACACUACGCCACACUGAGGGCACCAUUAUCAUUCACAUCAUGUAUGCCAUUAAACAGGAUCAGGACUUGGGAAGAGAGUUUGUCAAGUACCUAAAAAGUUGUCAACAAAGUUGUCCAACCAAAGUCCUGGCACCAUUUAUCCUGGCCUUAGCUUUAUCAGUGGCUACAAUACACAUAUUUGAAGAUCAGGUAUUUGAUUUUCUCAAAGCUACAAUAUUAAAAAGUUUCAAAAAUGUGGAGAGACAGAAGCAGUCCAAGUGGGUGCGAGAUGUGGUGACAGAAAGCUGUGAUGUCCAGGACCUGGUGAUAGAGACUGUUCAGAACAGUAAGUAUGGUUGGGACUAUGUGACACAGGGCCUGGUCCAGCUAGGUUUUCUCCUCAUGGACUCUUUUGGGCCUAAGGCAGCAUUCGGUCGUGUUGAGAGCUCCGCCCUGCCUGCCACAGGGCCUGCCCACUCCGCCUGUCAGCUGGGGGCGAAGGUAUUGCAAAAUACCUUUAGGGUCCACGGACUGGUGAGGAGUGAAAUUUUGGAUCGGAUUUUUAACCAGAUAAUCACAAAGGCUAAAUCACCAGUCACACACUACCUGGAUUUGUUAAGUAAGAUAAUUCAGCCUGCACCCCAGAUACUGAUGGACUGUGUUCCCAAGGUUCGUGAGACACUAGACUACCUGACUUACCUCCCCUGCUGCUCAGCUGAGGGCUUGCUUCAGGCUCUCCAACCUCUCUUAAAGCUGAGCAUGACGUUGAAGGAUGCUCUGAUUCUAGUGCUGAGAAAGGCCAUGUUUUCAAGGGAGUUGAAUGCCAGGAAAAUUGGUGUGACAGGUUUCCUGAUGCUAUUAAAACAUUUCCGUGUGUUGGGAGGUCUUCCCUUGAGUCAACUGUCCAGCAGCCAGGACACUGGGUCUUCCUCUAGUCAGGUGAUGGUUGAUGUUCACUCACACCGCAGUUCAGCCGGGAAUGAGGCCUUGUGCCUGGAGAUUCUGGGCAAUCUCAGGCGGUGUUUUACACAGCAAGCGGACGUCAGACCCUUACUCUAUCAGGGCCUUUAUGGAGUGUUAUGCAGGAAUACACAAUUGCAUGAGACAAUACUGGACAUGUUGUUGGGACAGUUGAUGAAAUACUACGAUGAGGAUUCCGAGAUCCUACCUCCUGUUAAACUUGCACCCUGUGUAGCUGCCCAGCCUGACCAGGUGUACCUGUCUGAACCUCUUGCUCAUCUGAUUGGCUGUGUUUCCCUGUGCUUACUAAAAUGUUCAACGAUUGGUCCAGAUGCCUCGGGUGACCAUGAUGAUGAUGCAUCCAGUCAGAGCCAGGAGGAGUUAGAAAACAUCAUGACUUCACUCACUGACAGGAUGAUUAAGAGUGAACUGGAUGAUUUUGAGCUGGACAAAUCAGCUGACUUUAGUGUGUCAAACAGCAUUGGGAAGAAGAACAGCAUGUUUGCCGUUCUGGUCAUGGGUAUCUAUGAGACUUUAAUGGAGUAUAACUUCAUGAAGGGACGAUAUAGCCGUGAGAGCUGUGAGACGGUUCUGAGUUUGUUUGAAAACUACGAUAAGCUGAAUAUCAUCUUAAAGGAGAAGGCCUCGGCAGCAGGGAGUAAGAAAGGGGGUGGGGGCGGAGCAAAUAAACCCCCACAGAACCUCAUUACUCUAAACUGCUUACAGACUCUGCUGAAGUCUUUGUACAGUGACCAGAUACCAGAUCACCAGGCUGGGGUUCGGGUUCUCCAAGAGCAUACAGAUUUCUGUCAGUAUGUGAUGACCUCCAUUCUCCACAUGUUGCAGCAGAUACAACACACAGGCUCUACCAAGGGAUUGGAGGACACAGAUAAGAACAAACAGUUUACCUCUGUUUGUCAUAUUGGCAGAGAUUUGCUCAAAUAUUAUCUAGAGCACCACAAAGCCAAGAAGAAGGAACGUGGUACAGGAAUGGUUGCGGCCAGUCUAGAGGGCAUAGGGCUUGUGUUACAGAUCAUCAGUACUCAGUACAGCAGUAAACUCAGCCAGGCUCUUCAGAUCAUUGACUCCUCCACAUCAGAUACACUAAACAAAGAGUUAGAAGAUCAGGUGUCCAGUCUGAUUAAAUGUUUGCAGGGAGUUGUGAUGACCUUUCUCACCUCAAGUACAGGUGAUAGUCUCCUCAAAGAUGUGUCCUCCCUCUUGUCUGUCAUUGGCUGUCUGUAUAAGAUGCUGCCCCCUGGUGGAGACCAGUACAAGCAGGUGUAUGACUGGGUUCACAGGCUGUGCGUGGAUCAGGAGAUAGAUAACUUGUCUGCGUGUAAGCUGCUGUUUACUCACCUUCUAGCCUUGAGUAAACAGGUCAAGAGCUGUCUGCCCCUGAUGAGGGAUCUGGCUCAAGAUAUUCACACACAUUUAGGAGAUAUUGACCCGGAGGUGGAUGUAGAGGAUCGGACACACUUCUCCCUGGUCACUCCACGAUCUGCUGCACCCACCCUUGUCCUCUUACUGCUACAGCAGGUGGAGGAGGAGCUGGACCACACAGAGUGGGUGAUAGGACGCAUCAGAGCGGACUACAGGUCCUCUCCAGCAGGAGAUGAGUUGCCAGGCCCAACCCAGACAGAACACCACGAGAAGUCUGUUUGUACCAGGCUCGGGAGCCUGUUGACAGUGUUCCAUGAGCUCAUCCAGUCAGCCAUCCCCAUGGGGCUCUGUGUGGAUAACACCCUCAAGCAGGUCACCAGGCUGUACAAUGCCAUGUCAGCCUUCACCAAGUUUUAUGCCAUGCUGUACACCAGGAAAGCUGGUCACAUGACGGGAAAGUUUGAGAAAUUGGUGAAGUUAUCAGGGACCCAUCUGACACAGCAGGUGUAUGCUUAUAUAACACACAUACAGACUAAAACCAUUGAACAUCAGCAAGAGAAAGCAGACAAGGGGAGGAAGGACAAGAGGAAGUCAACAGCAGCAUCUCUCUCCAGCAAGUCUAAGGCUCAAAAGGAGGCCAGAUAUGUGCCAAACUUGAUAUUUGCCAUUGAGCGAUAUGAGCACUACCUUAUACUGCUCACCAAGAAAUCCAAGAUGAACCUGAUGGAACACAUCAAGCGUAGUACAGCCCGAGACUUCAGGUUGAAUGUUGCUGCUCUGGACCAGGCAUUAGAGCCCUCUAGUGAUGAGGAAGAGAGUGAGGAAGAGGAGGUUACAACACAACCCCAGCAGGAUGAAGCUAGUGACGAGGAAAACCAAGAUCCGGUUCCAGAAGCAGAGCCAGAACCCCCUGCAAAAAAGAAACGGCCGCUAGGAAAGUCCAGCACUGCCAAGGGCAAAGGAAAAGCAAAGUAAAACAUUUUGUAAACGUGUUGACCAAGCCUCAUUUGUUUACACAUGAACACUCUUGAUGGCUUGGCACUGUAACAGGAGGCAACUGUGUUGCUGUCCCAGUUGGCCUGCCCAAGUUCGUAAGUUAGGAUUGCAAUUGGCGGUGCAGUAGUCGUAUGGACUCUACAGAGUACAGCUAAGCAAAGGGACUACAGAAUUAAAACGCAAACCAUAA